AUGCCGCUUAUAUCCUCCAGACGAAGCUCCCAGUCCCACGCCAACCUCCCCAUAGCUCUCCUCACAACUUUCACCCUCAUCACAGCCCUAGUCUACCUACAACUCAUCUACGCCAUCUCCUGGAUCCUCCGACCAUUCUACAACUCAGGCCAAGAAUUCCCACCUAUGCGACGCACCAUCGAGAAAGCAGAGAGACUAACCGUCAACAUCAUCCUCGGUAUCGUACCUACAUCAUUUUAUCGCUCGCCGCCAGUCUCAGGUCUACUCCACAUGCACGAAGAUUCGGCCCACCGUAUCCCAUCUGUUCCACGAUAUGUUUACGAUCCCGCAUCACACACCCAAGGCACAACUGUUCUCCCAACCCUAUCACAAUGCUACCCGGAGAACUCCAUCGAACGAACCGGUAUAAUUCACCACGACUCCCAUUUUCCGGUAUGCGCGACCCCAGACCACUACACCAGAGACUCCUCCGUCUAUGACACAGUCAAGAAACACACCACUGGCAAACAACGCAUCUCCGUCGUCGAAAUGCACCAGUCUCAACAAGCCACCCAGACAUACCAGCAAACAAAGUCACCUUUAGUCCCUGCCCCAGUUAUCUCGGCCCCACUCGAGAAAUCACCCGCUGCAUCGUUUGAUGGCGUGCGCGAGGCGAGUAUGCAUUCUUUCCUGACGGAGACGGAUAAUUCGAAUAACUCGUUGACACUGCGGAUGAGCAAGCGGGCGAAGUCGAGGUCUACGGAGAGUUAUCCAGGGAGGUUUCCUGUCAGUGAUAGGUUGGAGUAUACUAAUCUUGCUACGGCUGAAUUGAACUUUCGGGAGAAAGGGACUACCUUUGUGCGGCCUUUUUCGGAUUACUAG